AUGAUUAAGUACCUUAUCUUAUUAUCUUUCCUCAUUUCUGCACAAGAUCUUUUUCACAAGACUGAUGGUUGUCUCAUUAAUAAGUUAUUCAAAGUUCGUGUUACACUAGUCAACACUAUUCCAGUCGACUCGGUUUCAAUGCAUUGCUGGUCCAAAGACGACGAUUUGGGAAACCGCGAGUUGGCGAGCAACCAAAGUUGGGGCUUCAGUUUCUGCUUGAAGCCCUUUUCAACUUUGUUUGCUUGUCAUCUUCAUUGGGGUCGGGCUCAAGUGGCUUUUGAUGUUUAUGAUGCUAAAUGGGUUCUCUUACCCUGUGAGGAUGAUAACCACUGUACAUGGACAAUAGAUGAAUCAGGUGUUUCGCCGGCCAGGGAUCUUUUUCACAAGGCCGAUGGUUGUCUCAUUAAUAAGUUAUUCAAAGUUCGUGUUACACUAGUCAACACUAUUCCAGUCAACCCACCGGUUUCGAUGCACUGUUGGUCCAAAGACGACGAUUUGGGACACCACAAGUUGGCGAGCAACCAGAGUUGGGGCUUCGGUUUCUGCUUGAAGCCCUUUUCGACUUUGUUCGCUUGUCAUCUUCAUUGGGGUCGGGCUCAUGCGGCUUUUGAUGUUUAUGAUGCUAAGUGGGUUAUUUUACCUUGUGAGGAUGAUAACCACUGUACAUGGAAAAUAGAUGAAUAUGGUGUUUGGCCAGCCAGGGUGCCAAAUAUAUUCAUGCUUGGCAACACUAAAUUAGCAUCUAGAAAUUUGAUCAAACUCGUGUGUGCUUAG